AUGUCUUUUUCAUUAAAUAGUUUACUAACAAAACUAUUGUUGCUACAAGUAUUUUAUAUUAUUGUAGCUUCUACUACCAAUACUGGUGAGGAAUAUCCGGAUUUCCCUGAACCUUUAACCAAAACUAACUUUAAUGAAAGUCUAUCUAAAGGGUUACACAUAGUUGAGUUUUACAGUCCUUAUUGUUCACAUUGUAAGCACUUAGAACCUAUUUGGAAAGAAACUUGGAAACAAUUCCAAAAAGAAAGUCAUAAAUUAAAUAUUUAUUUUAACCAAGUUAAUUGCGUAGAAAGUGGUGAUUUAUGCCAUGAAGAAAAUAUUGAAGCCUUCCCCACAAUUAGGUUAUACAAUAAAGAUGGAGUAAUUAAGACAUAUCCAUCAAAUGGUGAAAGGUCAGUGGCAGGGUUUUUAAAAUUUGCAAGAAAUGAGGCUAAAAAUCCAGAUAAUUUUGAUGAAGUUGGAUUAAAUUCCAAAAGUAUUCCUUUGAGCGAUGUUGAGUUUGUUGAUAUGAUAUCUGGAAAAUCUAAUGAACCUUAUUUAGUUUCUUUUUGGCCAACUGAAGAUAUGACUAAAUUAGAUUCCAAAAACGUGGAAUUUUUUGAUUGUGAGGAAUGUAAUGCAUUUAUAAGAACGUGGAAACAGGUAACAAACAAAUUGUCAUUUUCCGGGAUCAAAACUGGACACUUGAACUGUGUUAAAUAUCCUAUCCUUUGUAAACAUUUAGGUUAUUCCAAAUUAUCGAAAAAAUAUACCUUUGACGAUGAUAGAAGACCAGCAGUAGCAAUGAUAUUGCCAAACAAAACUACAAACAAUCUUUUCAAAUAUAAUCAUGGUUACAGUUUAAAUCCAUCUGAUUAUCAAGAUUUUGCGGAAAGUCUUUUUGAGAAUAAUUUAUUAUCUGAAAUUAGUAAAGCAGAAUUAUUAUCAAAAAUGAGAUAUAAAUUUGAUUUUAAAAAAGAUAGCAUUAUUCCAAUUGAUGAGCAGACUAUAAGUGUUGUCUUUGUAUAUGACCCGAAAACAGUAGUUCCUGAAGAUUAUGACGUAUUUGAGUAUCUUUUAGAACCAUUAUCUAAAUUCCCAAACAUUCGUUUAUACCAGUCAAAUGAUGAUAUUAUGAAGUUACCUACAGUAGGAUAUUAUGAGUUUAAUAAAAUAAUUAAUUAUAAUUUUACAGAAGGAACUAAAUCACCUAACGAAGAAUACCUCACUAUGGCAACAUUAACUCAGUUACCAACAUUGCUUUUAUUUAAAGAUGGGGAUUUGAUUCCAAAAGUUUUUCAUGGUUAUUCUACUACAGAAAUGAGAAACCCAAAUUUAAUCAUGAAAUGGAUUGAGGAAAAUUCUUUACCACUUUUCUCCAAAGUAGAUUCCUCUAAUAUCGAAAGGUUAAUCGAUUUUCAACCAGAAUUGUAUAACAGUUUAUCCUUAGUAUGUGUUCAAACUAAAGAUGAUCCAAGUGAAAAGGAAAAGAAAAAUAUGAAUCAUAAAAAAUAUAUAAUACAAAAUUUUUUGAUCUCUCAUUAUGAUUAUGAUAAUGUUAGAAUGAAUUAUAUGUUCGAAAAAAUUCUAAAAAGAAGACAGAAGAAGGAUGCGAUAGUAAAGGCAUUAAGAGAAAAGCAAUCUAGUACAAAGAAAGUAGUGGCUGCUAUGCGAUAUGAAAUUUUACAUGAAGAUAAUCUGCAAAACAUAUUAGGAUAUGUAGAUUUACAUGAUGUUAGUACUUUGAUAGAAAAAUUAACCGGUCAGCCAUUUGAGGGGAAUUUGAAGGAAGGUGAUGUUCUGCUGAUUGACAAGACUAACAGACAACUUCAUUUUACAAAGAUAAGUGGUGAUAUAAGAGAUUCAAAUUCACCAUAUGUUUUAAAAGAAAAUUUGUUGUCAAUAAAUAUUCCUGAAAAAUCACAGUUUAGGUCAUUUGAUAAUUCUUUAUCAAUAAGAAUCGGUGGUAAAAAACAAUAUAAAAAUUUUGGAAAGAGUUUUAUAAUUGUAAUUGGUCUUAUCGUUGUCAUUUAUUUCAUUAUUCCUAGAAUAGUAAAUAUCAUUAAGCAAAUUAAAAGAAACAGAAACUAUGACGCCAAAAGAGACACUAUUGGUUUGCUGGGUAAUUUCGAAAAACAGUCAAUCCAUGACAAAUACAAAUGA